UGUCAGACACUGUACAGCUUGCUAGCCACUGAUCGCUGUUCCGUUGAUUUUUGUCCGUCACAACAGAAGCAUGAAAUUCGUUCUUCCACUGCUUUUCGUUGGAGUCGCCUACGCUCAGCAAUACGGAGGCUAUGGAGUUCAAACACUCCAGUCCGUGCCGUUGCCUCCACCAGGAUACGUGUCCCCAUCGCUACUCCGUGAAAAAUUAGAGCCCCCGAAACCCUUCGCUUUCAAGUACGAAGGUCCAGAUGCUUACGGAGGCUAUUCGAGUCACGCCGCCCAAGGUGACGCUUAUGGUCGUGUGAGCGGUCAAUACACCGUUCAAAAUCCCGACGGGACCUCGCGAUUGGUGAAGUACGUCGCAGAUCCUGAAUACGGCUUCAACACUGAGGUGGACACCAACGAGGAAGGUACCAAGACCUCGGCUCCGGCUAGUGCUCUGAUCAAAUCAUCGGCUCCCGAGGGAGGAUAUUACCCUCAAGUGAAAAAAGCCGUUUACGCCGCCCCGGCUUACGCAGCGCCAGUUUACGCAGCUCCCAUCGCGCAUCGUGGUUAUCGUUCUUGAGAUGUUGUUAGAGGAACUUGAAUUAGAAAUUCUGUUUUAAU